AUCGAGCACCACUGCACUGCACAUCUCGAUCGAUCACUUUGCGAUACAUCCUCUACCAAGCUCAUCACGAACAAAUAAGAAGCAGAUAUUAAGCAGCUAGCUAGCUAGCUAGCAAUGGCGUCCAACGACAACGUCGCCGUGGCCAGCGAGGUGAGCAACGCCGUGACCAAGCUCAACUACCACCUGGCCACCGCCCUCACCGGCAGCGGCAGCGGCAGUGAGAACGCCGCCACCACCGUCGUCACGCUGGCGGGGAAGAACAGCGGCGCCACCAUGGAGGCGGCGGCCGCGGGCGACGUGGAGGACCUCGUCGUCGUCGGCAGCGCGGACGCGGAGGAGCACGACGAAGGCCAUGGCCAGGACGACGAGGAGGUGGUGGUGGAGGAGAACGUGGUCAUCACCGCCUACGCCAACAGCAACUACCAGGCCGUCAACAACUCGGUGCUCGUCGCCGGCAGCUGCGCCGUCGACGACCCCGGCGUGCACGUCGUGGUGGUGGAGCACGUCGACGAGAUACGCGACUACGACGAGGACAUCGACGGCCAAGAGUUCUAAGCACUGUAUUGUUAUUACUGCAUUACUGCAAGCUAUAUGGAUGGAUUGAAGGGCAUAUAUAUAUAUAUAUACCUGCAUGACAAAUAAUAUAUAUAUCUAUGUACUAUAUAUACUACA